AUUAUAUAUUUUUGCAGGGAUGGACAAACUAUAGCUAUUGGAGGAUCUUCAUCAGUGGUUAUCCUAAUGUCAGUAGAAACAUGUCGGUUGAGAAAACGUUUGCAGCUACCAAAGUAUAUCAAUUCAAUAGAGCGGCUGGAGUUUGUUCCUCAACCAUUCGACGGAGGCUCAAACAAGAUUAUUUCUGUUUUAUCAAAUUCUGGUAAUGUUCUGCUGUUCGAUACGGAAUCAGCCAAUCUGAUAGCUGCUGUGGAAAAAGCCGCUAAUAAACAAAUCAAGAACUUCACUUGCAGUAUAAAUGGAAAAUAUUUGGUUACAUUAUCAACUGCUGGUGAACUGAAUGUAUACAAUACUUUUGCCUUGAAAGUCGCUACAAGUUCUCCAUCUGAUUUCGUGACAAAUGAACAAAAAAGGGAUAUGAAGUGUGAUGGCAAGCUACUAGGAAAAGCUGAAUCGAAAAGAAAUCCAAAGACUAUGGAAGCAAAUAAUCGAGAAAUUCGUCUGGAAAAACUGAACAUGAAAAUGGGAGCUUUACUAGAUAUGGAUCGUCUCAAGCAAAUUCUGGAUGAAUACCUGGAAUACCCUGAAAGUUAUCGGCCUCUAAUUUGGAAAUCUAUCCUGAGAUUACCUCAGAACCAUCUGGCAUACAAUUCUCUACAGAAAAAGGGAAUACAUCCAACUUGUGAGCAGUUUAAUGAGAAAAUUUCUUCAACGUCUGUGCACUUCUCCAACUCUUUGAAAAGAUUGAUGUCUUGCUUGGCAUACUGGUCUCCCUUAUUCAGUCAAAUCACUUAUCUCCCGAAUUUGGUAUCUCCUUUUUUGAAAGUUUACAAAAGCAAUAGUUUCGUUUGCUUUGAGUUCGUUGCGACCUUCAUUGUAAAUUGGUGCACGCUGGUUGAGUUCUUCCCGUUUCCUCCCGUGAACAUAAUGUCGAUGAUGGAAAAUAUUCUGGUGGAAUGGGAUGAACAGCUGUUCAACUGGUUGGUGGAGCAUCAGGUGACCUGCCACCUCUACGGCUGGUCAAUACUGCAAACUCUGUUCUCCCGAGUUCUCGGCCAGAAAGAGUGGCUGCAACUGUUCGAUCACAUCCUUUCUAACGAGCCGGCAUUCAUGAUCUUUGCAGUUGUCGCCUACCUCAUUGUGUGUCGAUCCACGCUGCUAAGCAUCGACAACUCCAAGGAUUUCGAGUUUUUCUUCCACAACCAAACCGCUAUCGACAUGCGGUGUCUCCUCAAGAAGACCUACCAUAUUUAUGGUAGAACUAAGGAUGAUGAUUUGCAUCCGAGAAAUUUUCUGAUGCCUUUUGCGCCGCUGCGGCAAGGGGAAACUUAUCAGAUAUUCAAUGAGUAUCCGAAGUUUAUUGUUGAUAAACAGGCGGAUCAUAUAAAUGAAAUGAGAGAGGAGCUGACUGACCUAUUAGAGCAGCAGAGCAGAUUGGCAAGAGCAAGAGCUGAACAAGAAAAGAAACACGCUUUAGAGAUCAAUAGGCAAGCUCAGAAAAUGCAACUUCUUGAGCUACAAAAGCAAUACCAGGAAGCACUGAAGGAAGAUGAGAGCAGGAUAUCGCAACAAAAGAAGAGGGUGAAUUUAUUGAAGAGAGACUUGAAACAGAGAGAACUGCUGAUGGCUGAAGAGGCCACGAAUCGAACCCACGACCUAAUCACACAGCAGAGAACUGCAGCACUUCAAGCCCUUAUCCACGAAAUUGAUAGCAAGAGAGCUGUAGAAGAGAGACGAUUGAGGGAAGUGGAAGAAGAAACACUAGAACGGCACCAACAAUUAUUGCAUGAGAAGCAACAGCUGGAGCAACAACUGGCAGUUUUAGCUGAGGCGCCAAUUCCAGUCGUUUCAAAGCAAGAUCAACUAGGUGUGCAGUUGGACCAAUUGACAGAGCAGCUGAUCAAGAUUCGGAGUAAAACCUCACAAAUGAACGAGAAGAGAGAUUUCAGGACAUCAAGGAAACUAUCAGAGGCCGAAUCUCUCCUCGAGAAAGCUGAAUUCGAGCUGGCCCAAGAAGUCGCCCAACGACAAAAGGCUACGUGGAGUAGUCAACAUAACUUGCAGGCAAUGAAACUCACAACAGAAACUAGGGAUUUGCAAAACUGUAUUGAUCAGAUGCACGAUACUUUGGUCCAAAAGAAACUGCAAGAGUCGUGGGACUUGAUAAACGCUGCUAGAGAGAGCAGAGACGAACGUAAAUUACUUCAAAAGGAUCUGGUUCAAUUGACGGAUAUAUUGAGAGCUGAUACGAGAGAUGAAUUUGGUUCAGAUGAAUCGUCUACAUCAACAUAAUCAGCUCACGUAUUAUGGGAGAAUAGGAAGUUCAAUACAUUCCAUGGACGCGAUUUGUGUGGCCGAAAUACUGAUUUCUACAGAAAACAGCAAGAUGCCAUCAAAUCAAGCCAUGAUAUCAGACAGCGUCUUCUUUCUCAACAAGAUACAUGACCAGAAUUAUUAUAAUGUAUUAGAUACAGUUCAUCAUUAUUUUCUUUUAAUUAUUCAAAAACUACUCGAAUGAGUUGUAAAUAGCAUUGUUCAUUAUUAUUUUCUUUUAAUUAUUUAAAAUACUACUCGAAUGAGUUGUAAAUAGCAUAAUAUGUGACAUAAUAGUUUCUGAUUGUAUGUACAAAGUUCGUUUUGGAAAUGUACAGUUUUCUAUCAUAAAUUGAGUAUUUUCACCUAUUUAUUAGAAUGAACUUUUCAAUCACUGUUAUCAAUGAUUAUGAUUUAUUAAAAGACAAAUUACAUAGA